AUGGCAACCACCGUUCUUGUCGAGUUUGAGACGUUUGUUGAAGAUCUCAUUCCUCGGGCUGCUGAGAAGCCGCAAUGCUCGUCCCAGCAGUCGGAGGACGCGCAACACAAGGUGUCGAAGUUGUUCAACAACGGGUGCGACAAGGACAGCAAGCCGGAGAAGCCGAAAGAGAUCGACAUUGCAAAGACCAUCGUGCGUUGUCACUCCCCUCGCGUCCUCGUUGUCAUUAAUCGAAACACACAGGUGGGCAUUAUCAAUGAGCUAGAGCUUCUCAAGGGUUACAAGGUCGUGCUUGCUUGCCAUCCGAAGAAGGCAAGGGCCGUCGCUGCGCUCUAUCCUGGGGACAAGGUCCCAUCCAACUCCAAACCUGACUGGACGCACUCUCGGCUGUUCAUCGAGUUCAAAGAAGGAGAGUCAAAGUACGACCCGUGGGAUGACAGCGAUGAGAUGUCGCCGGAGUCGGAAUGCGAGACGGCCGUCGACGUCCGCGCCCAGUUUACCACGUACGCACACAACACAUUCCUCCAUCAACAUCGCACGGCACUUUAUUCUCUCUUCAUCCUCGGAAGGGAGUUUCGAGCGGUCCGUUGGGACAGGGCCGGUGUCAUCGUCUCCAAGAAGGUUGACUACGUCAAACACACCGACUCCCUCUUGGAGAUUCUUUGGCGCAUCGCCCAGCUCGACGAUGCUCAGCAGGGGCUGGACCCGACCGCGACAUUGAUUUCCGUACAAGGCUCAAGCGUACCAAAAUUACGACCCUCAGAAAGGCGGAACCUUGUUCAAGCCGAAGGCCGCACUCGAUCGCCGUCUUCAAGGUCAGUCAAGUAUGGGAACGACCGUUCUUGUCGAGUUCGACACCUUCGUCGACGACCUCCUGCCGCCUCUGUCCGCGGAGGAGCUGAAGCUUACCGCGUCUUCCUCGUUGGGAAGCCCAUCUUCGUCUCGUCUUCGCUGUUUGGUCGUGCAACUCGAGGAUACGUCGCCGUGGACGCGAAGACCCGGCGGUUCGUCUUCCUGAAGGACUCGUGGAGGCCGUUCUAUGAAGGCGUAGAUCCGGAGGGGACCUACCUCAAGAAGUUAUCGAAAGACAAGGCACUGCUCGUCCCCGCCUAUUUGUGCGAUGGCGACGUCGACGCCCCUUCCGCAGCAAACCUUGCUCCCUUAGAAACCGAGGACUCCUUACGCCAUCACAUCCACUAUCGCAUCGUCAUGAAGGACGUCUGCCUGCCCUUCGACCGCUUCCGAUCGAGCAAGGAGCUCGUCCGUUUGAUAUACCAUUGCGUGUCCACGCAUUAUUGGGCAUACACGACAUACAACCUCCUACAUCGUGAUAUCAGCUCCGGCAAUGUUCUCAUACUACCACGAUACACUACGGUAGACGGCAAGGAGAAAGUGCGAUGGUUUGGCAUCCUGACAGACUGGGAGCUCGCGAAGACUGUGUGCAAGAAGGGCACAGAGGACAAGGCUAGACAGCCGGAACGGACGGGUACAUGGCAAUUCAUGUCAGUAGCUUCUGUCGCAUCACAGUGGACGCUUCCCGUCGCCGUCGCCGACGAGUUAGAGUCCUUCUUCCACGUGAUGCUUUUCUACGGGGUCCGAUAC